UACAAAAAACAAAUAUUCAGAAUGAAAGGCAGAAGAAAACGAGGUGGGGAAUUUUUGACGUCCAACCCAAAAGGAGGCCCAAGUGGCCCUAUCACAAAACCCUCUGCAACUCAACAAGAAGAACCUCGCGGAGGGUUUUACGUCCGAGAAAGAAAAGGAGAGGCUCAACGCCUCGGCUAUGUAGCUCGCUCUGCUUUCAAGUUGCUUCAGAUACAGAAUCAGUACAAGUUGAUAAAAUCAGGUUCUUCUGUUCUUGACCUUGGCUGUGCUCCAGGUGCUUGGCUUCAGGUAGCUUGUCAGAGCUUGAGUCCAUUAAAGAAUGGUAGUUCUGUGGAGGGGAUUGACCUUAAGAAGGUGAAGGUUCCUUCCACUCACUGUGAUGCCAGAGUUCAAACAGUUUCUGCUGAUGUCAUGAAACUUCCCAAGCACCAAAUUACAGAACUGUCUCCUCUGCAGAAAGGGUUCUCAGUAAUACUCUCUGAUAUGUGUCCCUUGGUUUCUGGAAUUACAACUAAGGAUGCAGCUUUAUCAUUUGAGUUAGGGGUGAGAGCACUUGAUUUGGCUGUUGGGUCUGCUGCCAUCCUUCCAGAUGAUGAUAGUAGGGAAGGACAGCCAGAUCAUUCAACUUCUUGUUCGGAUAAUGCUGGAGUACUUAAAGCAGGGGGGCAUCUUGUGGUGAAGCUUCUGGAAAGUGAGGACAUACAAGAAUUUGGCCGGAUCUGCAAACCCCAGUUCAGAAAGGCAUCAUGGUUAAGGCCUAAGGCUACAAGAUCUUCAUCCAGAUCUGUCAAGGUUUGAAGCCAUAGCAAAGAACAGAUUUUGUAACCUGGAUAAUGUCUGUUCAGUUUCUAGCAACCAGGGUGUAAGCCUGAGCCAUUGUUCUUGCUGAUAAUCAUGUAUUAGUUUUGUUAUCUUAAAUAGGAUGUCAAUGGGUGUGGUGUGGUGUGACAAAAUCACAUUUU